CAGGCAGACUCAGAGAGAGUCUCGUAGAGAGAGAGACACAGAGAGAAGAGAGCAGAGACCUCACUCACCUGGGAAGGUUCCUACAAUUUUGAUUCGUCCGACAUGCCUGUCUUAGGCUAAAGGCUUUUAUUGGGAUCCUUGGUCUACGUCACCCUCUUGUGAACAUCUGCCAAAAUCCAUCUGCAACGCCUUUGUGCAUGGUUCGACAAUGGUGAUUUAGCUCUCGGACUAGUAACUCUAGCUUAUUCAUAAAUUCACCUUGUUAACACUUGGGUAAGAGAAUCGUCUAAUACAUUAAUGUUUCGAGUGGUUAUAUUUAUGACGGAUUGUCUCCCAUAUUACGACCGAGCAAAUUUAUAUUAGGUUUACCGUUCAUUUCAGGAUGGUGUUUGGUUUCGGUGUAUCGGCCCUUUUAUUUCCUUCCUGAUACUAAUGUAAACCUCAGUUGCUCAAUUGUAAGGUAAUUUUAAGUGGGUUAUUAUUCCUAUGGGUAUAUUUUUCUACAUAAAUGACCAUGACUUUUAGAUACUAAUCUUCCUGAAUAUUUCUUUCCAGACAGCGAGCGAAGCAGAACGAAGGAAACGCCCUACGAUCUACGUGAAUUGCCUUGUUCUCUUACCAGUUGUUUAUAACUACGGUACUACGUCAUUUUAAAGGCUUAUUUAUGUAAUAAAUAUCAUAUUCAAUUACAUUUUUCCUUCUAACCUUUAUUUCAAAACACAGUUUUUAUGGUGUUCUGCUUAUGGCGCCCAACGUGGGGCAACACGAAGAAAGGUGCUUAAUGAUGGUGCAGAUGAUCCAGUAGAGAAUUGACCACGACUGGGGCUCCCAAUAGUCUCUCAUAUUUCUAUUUGUAGGACAUUGAUAUUUUCCUUUCCAGGAUAUUAACAUUUUAUUGAAAUAAAUAUAAUUUUCCUUUUCAGAAAAUUAACAUUUUAUUGGUUUGCAUUUGUUAUACUUUUGUUAUAAUGGCUAACUUACAGGUACUGAUCGGACAACGAAAAGUCAUUCGGAGAAAAGUCACCGAACAAUUCAAUAGGUCUGACACCUAUUCUGCCCUUACACAAGAAGAAAAGUUAGCUAUUAAAGGUCUUCUUGUUAAUUAUAGAAACAAGUUGUCAGAGCUAGAUGAUCAAAUCCUCUUGAAGAAAUUUCCUGACAUAUGUGAUGAAGCAGAGUUAGAGCCAGAAUUAACAAGUUGCCAGGAUUAUCUAGACAAAAUUGAGCAUUGUCUACCAUUACUUGAGAUUUCAAGGAGUAAGAAUGAUUCUAAUAAUAUUCCCGACGUGGCCCGCAGUUUACUGAAACAGCCAACAGCUCCUCUUCCUAAGUUUACAAGCAAAGAAGGAGAAGAUUUCUUGAAAUUUAUAGCAGAGUUUGAGGCUACAACUAAUGCAUUUCAGUAUCCAGACAGAGAUUUACUUUUAUUGCUGAAGCAACAGGUAGACGGUCGAGCAAAGACUUUAUUAAGUUCUCUGGAAGCUGAUAAACAGCGUUAUGUAGAUGCCAAAGAACUAUUGAUUUCCGCCUUUGCUUCUAAGGAGGUUUGUAAAAACAAUGCAAUUAGGAAAAUUACGGAGUUAAGUCUAAGAGAGGGUGAUGAUCCCUUCACAUUUAUUUCCAUCCUCCGAUCAGUAUGCGAAGCAGUCAAGACUUUUAACAUUGGAGCGGAUGAAUUUGUCAGAUAUUUUGCUUGGCACGGCUUAAAUGGUCGCUUUCGGCGUCAUCUUAUUAAUAUUACAGGAAAGACUCAUCCUUCCUUAAAUGACAUUAUUUCACAUUUCUUUGCAGCUUGCGAAAGGUACGAAAGUGACGGGAAAGGUGUUGAAAGCUUGAAGUGUAAAGCUUCGCCUGUCAAGACCUUAACACUCCCUCUUCGUAAAGAGAGAACUACCAGCAUGGCUGCGGAAGCAGUAACAUAUGAUAAAGAUAAGUCUUCGCCUCGGUGUUCCUUGUGUUCUGCGGUUGGAAAUACUGAUAAAUUUCACUUUAUUCAUAAGUGCCCUAAUUUUCUUUCUCCUACAGAUAAAGUGCAUAUUUUAAAAUCUAGAAAUGGAUGUGUAAAAUGCGGCCAGUUUAAUCAUGUUUCCGGUAAGUGCCGUUUUAAAUUAAAGAGACGCUGUUCAGAUUGUAACAGCUGGCAUAUGACUUACCUGUGUGAUAGUAGUCAGUCACCAGGCAGAAACUCUAACAAUAUUAAUAACGGCAAAUCCAAGGUGGAAACUUCUCAAAUAAGCAGCGGUGUUGCCGUCCUUCCUACUUGUCAUGGUGAUUCCAUUUUACCCACCUUUUCAUUUAAAGUUGGGGGGACUGUUUACAGAGGACUGAAGGACAGUGGUUCGCAGAGCACGUUUGUCACUAAGAAAUUGGCGGAGGAGAAUAAUCUUAAAAUCAUUAACACUAAAGUAAAGCUAACAGUUAAUGGGUUUAAUGGCAACAAGGAGUAUUUUACUGAAAUUGUUGAAGUUCCUGUUACGAUCGGAGAUAAAUCCUUUAUAAUUUAUUGCUUGGUUGUACCAAACAUUAAUGUAGCAUUGAAAUUACCUCUGCUUGGUAGAUUAGUUGAUAAAUUUCAGGCACAAGGUGUUAAACUAGCUGAUCAAUUCCUUCAUAAAUUUUCUCAUGAAAUUGAUAAUGUUCAGCUCAUUUUAGGUACAGACUUCGCUUAUUGUAUUGCAGGUACAGAUACAGUUUUUGGAGGAAUAAAUUCAUCGAUGUAUACUGAGUGUCAUGCAGGUAUUUUGCUGUCUGGUAGCAUUGAUUUAAUGAUUAAGAAUAUUGAUAAUUUAGCUGAUACGAGAGUGCAAGCCUCGGCUGUUAGUAACCCAUUUGAGUGUAGUUCUGCUAUUCAUAUCCAGAGUAGUUCCUUUUUGCUGAACUCUAAAGUUGAUAUUUUUGCCGAUGAUGACAUUAAUACUAACUUUGAAGUAAACUGUUCAUUUUCUGUAAUAAAUGAAAGAGGUAUGCUUAUGGAGAAACCACUGCAACAGGCCACUGAUCAACUUCUAGAGUCUGAAUGUAAUUAUUACUUAAAUUACUAUCAGAAUUUCUACAAUGAUGAAAGUAUUGAACUUAACAACCAGUUGGUCGAAUUUACCAUCAAAACCCUUCGUCGUAGGGAGUCUGAUGGACAGGAUUCUCGAAUAGCAAAUUUAAAGAAAUCUAUCUAUUCCAUGAUUUAUAUGGACAAUGGGGCUAUUACUGCCAAUACUUCAGAGGAGUUAGAGUGGUCGUAUAAACAGCUUUCGAAUAUAUUCAAUCCCUAUAAAUUUGACGUUCAGCAGGUUGUAACUAAUGACUCAAUUUUACAGGAUGAAGUGGACCGCGAAGCCGAGGCAGCUACGCCUUUACGACCAGAUUUAAGUAUAAAUGAAGUUCCAGAAUUGUCAACUACUAUACCAGCAUUUGAGAUGCCCACUGAGGUUCAAGCAACUCCUUCCACAGCUCGGUUGAAGAUCCAGAAUUUGACCCUGAUCAUCCAGCUAUUUCUGAGAAUUACCUAA